GGCGGCGAAGGGAGGCACCGCGGGGUUGGACGGACUCGCAGUCCGUUCCCGACUUCCAGCGGCAGCGCGGAAGACCCCCGCGCUGCGGGCGGACGGUUGGAACGUGGCCUCCGCGUGGACCCUUGUGGUCCCCGCGGCGGAAACGGGCUGGGCCUGAGGGCCGGCGUUGUAGGCGAGUGUCAGGGUUCUGGUUGCAUUCCGGCUUCGCCCAGGCUUCUUUCUACCUGCACCCCCUUGUUUCUGGCUGAAUAGCUCCCGAUACCCACAUUCUUCCAGUCCAGGCCGUUGGAACCCAUGUGACCCAGGGCUCUGAUUUUGCCUUUAAGCAACUGUCAGAGGUUUAGUUUUGCUGCGUCUGGGGCAGUGGUUUCUGAUCUCCUUGACGAUGGACCCCAAGCAUAAAGACAAAGUGGAGAAUUAAGUCAGGUGCUCUCAAGGACCUUCUGGAGCCUUCCCAAAGUGUUUUUUAAGUACGACCAAGUAUCAUGGAAACAACAACAGGAAGACACUUAUCUAUAAAUCCUCUCUUGGGGACCACUUCCGUCUAGCAGAUCUUACCGCGGUCAUUGAACCCAGUGAACUCGUGGCUUUUCAUCGUUUUGACCUUUCAGCUACAUUCCAGGGUGUUGACACUGGUGUUUGAGGCAUCUCUUUAAUUUUGCCUACCCCAACCCCCUUGGCUUUUGGGAUUCAGAACUGGCUUUCCUCCUAUUUCUGCUGAUGCAUCUGUUCCCCUUGGAUUCCUUUCUCCAUUCCUUGGACUAUGCCCGUGAGUGCCCUAGGCUCCAUUCCAAGGCUUCAUUUUCUAUUGUUUUUCUCUUUGCUGAACUUCUGGCUUCAGUAACCACCUACGUUGAGUUGACCUGUGAGUUCCUAUCUCUGACCUUAGCUGAGAUCCAACCAGCAGUUACAUUCCACUUUUUGGUUAAUUUCAUCACACAGAAGCCACAGAGGCUCCUCAGUUUGUCCAAAAAGAACUCAUAGCUUCCUCCACACAUCUGGUCUUCAUUCAGCCGGAAUUCUGCAACUUGGCUAAAGGUGUGUUUGUGUUCCUUACACAAAGCCAGAAGUCUAGAAGUUAUCUUUGUAAGUCUUUAUUUCCUUCAUAUUGAAUCUAACCCAGUUCUUAUGUAGUGGAGAGAGAGAGAGAGAGAGAGAGAGAGAGAGAGAGAGAGAGAGAGAGAGAGAGAGAGAGAGAGAGAGAGAGAGAGAGAGAGAAAGAGCGAGCGCGCGAGCAAGCGCUGGAGUUCAGCAUAUCUGGGUUGCUUCCUGGGUCCACUACCUGUAUGACUUAAGACUUUGGAGAAGAUGCUUCUAGCCUGUCUAAAUCUUAAAUUUCCUGCCAUAUGUGGAUGGCACUGGUGUGGGUGCGAUAGUUUGGAGCAUAAAGUGGGAGUCAGCUUUGUGCUGUAUACGUGGUAGCUCACUGAUGUUAUUCACGUCUUUUAUGCUGAUCUUUAAUUCCUCGGCUACUUGUCAUCUCUGAAAUAGUCUUGCUGGUAACUAGGGCUGUUGUGCUCUUCCUGGCUCUCUGCCUGCUUACUGCAUAUCACAACAAAUAUGAUCUUAUCAAAAUUCAAAUAUGGCCAUGUUUGCCUUCCCUACAAUACUUAAAGCGUGUUGAUAGCUUAUAUUUGCUCAUGGGACAGAAAUCUGAGUACCUACAAUGCCCUUCCCUACUCUUUUUUUUUUUUUUUUUAAAGAUUUAUUUAUUUAUUAUAUGUAAGUACACUGUAGCUGUCUUCAGACACUCCAGAAGAGGGAGUCAGAUCUUGUUACGGAUGGUUGUGAGCCACCAUGUGGUUGCUGGGAUUUGAACUCUGGACCUUCGGAAGAGCAGUCGGGUGCUCUAACCCACUGAGCCAUCUCACCAGCCCCCUUCCCUACUCUUGGUCCUUGCUCCUGUUGUGGGCAUCUGAGUCGCACCGUGGUUUCAUGACUUUGACUGCCUUGUUCACUCUAAUCACUUUAGAUAGCUUUUGCUGUCACCGUGUUUUUCACUUUUAAGUCUUCAAAGCAUCUUGGCUCUCCUGUUUAGCCUUUUUCACAGGUAUCAACUAAGAGGUUUUUUUGGUCUGGUCUUUUAUGUAGGUCCCUUCUGUAUUAGAUUAUAGUGUAAGCUAGCACUUAGCAUAGUGGUGGUGCUCAUAAACUGUUCAUCUAUUGACUACACCAAUAAAUGAAGGUUUAAACUCAACUAUCUUUAACAUUUGCCACCUAGAAUUGUUUUUAUAGCUUUGUACUCAUUCCUAUAUGCUUUCAAAUGUAAAUGAAUGUGAAUUGUCCAAGCCUGAGUCCAUUUCCUUCUCCCCCCACCCUCUGGUCCUGCAUUUUUAGAAGAGACAAUUGAUCCUUCUGCCUCAGCGUCUAAAUGCUGGAAUUACAGACGUGCCACCACUCCUGGUUUCUGAGUCCUUGUAGGAAGGUGUUUUUGCCCAUGUUGUAGCAUUGGGAAGGAAGAAGACACAAACUGAAUUACACAAGUGAAUCAGAGCAUGUUUUCAUCUUUUCCACCAUGCUAGGGGUCACUUGAGUGCCGUCCAAACAGAGCACCACACUGAGCCUAGGGCCUAGGGUUUCUGGCCCUAGGGUGUCAAACUUACAGUUGUGGCUCUGAUUAUAAGAGCUGAAAGCUUUACCUUCUAAAACUAUCAUAGCAUAGCAUGGUGGCACACACGUGUAAGCCAAGCUACUGGGCUACUGGGCUACUGGGGAGGCUAAAGUAAAGAAGAUCACAAGUUUGAGCCAGCUUGGGUAACAACAACCACCCUCUGUCAAGGGCUGGGGCGAUGGAGUGAGUCUUUGGUGGUUUGUGAUGUUGCUGAAGAUUUAGUGGAAAAGCUGAGAAAGUUUCGUUUUCGAAAAGAAACCCACAAUGCUGCUAUUAUAAUGAAGAUUGACAAGGAUGAACGCCUGGUGGUGCUGGAUGAGGAGCUCGAGGGUGUCUCUCCAGAUGAACUUAAAGACGAACUACCCGAGCGGCAGCCUCGCUUCAUUGUGUAUAGUUAUAAAUACCAACAUGAUGAUGGCAGAGUCUCGUACCCGCUCUGCUUUAUUUUCUCCAGUCCUGUCGGGUGUAAGCCUGAGCAGCAGAUGAUGUACGCUGGGAGUAAGAACAAGCUAGUCCAGACUGCCGAGCUAACCAAGGUAUUUGAAAUAAGAAACACUGAAGAUCUAACUGAAGAAUGGUUACGUGAGAAACUUGGAUUUUUCCACUAAUGUGAACUUCUGUGUUUCUAAAGUAUUUAUGUAUUAACCUGACCAUACUGGAACCAGACAUAAAUAGUUAUUUAUGCCUAAAAAUGCACUGUUACUUACAGUUUGUUUCCUGCAGUAAAGAAAAAUUCUUCAUUUGUGCAGUUUGAACAAAGGGGAAAUCAUCUUCAUAGUAAUGAGACGUUGUGAAGUGUUCCUGCAUCUGUCAUUGUUAGGGGGACUACUUUUCUCCAGGGAUGCUUUGCACCCUUUUGACUAAUUUCUAUAAUUUAUGAUUCAGAAUUUGUAACUGUUUGCAGACACUAUAGGAAGGUGGGUAUUAGACUGUGAUAGACAACAGUUCCUCCUCUGACCACUCCUGGGUACUGGCAGUUUAUAAGUGCAAGUAGCAUUUUAUCACCUGUCACAUCAUUGCGGUUCAUUUGGGACUGAAGCGUAAGUGACCGAUUCUGAGCCUUGAGUAGAGAUGUAGUGGGACCUCUGUUGAACUCUCCGCCAGUUUUCCUCCUCUCUUGGGUUCCUGUAUCUUUGCAAUCAAGUGUAGAAUCUUCAUCAAUCACUCCUCCUUAAGGUCCGGAAGUUGAUUUUUAUGGUAGAGUUAGGAUUGUUAGGUUUUCUUCUUAUGGAGAAUAGCAUCUGAAUCUUAGAAACUGGGAGCUCUAUAAUCAAGGGCUUCGUUCUUGGUUAUGUCACUGGCAGGGAGCUUAGACUGUAGCUUGGUAACACUGCAAAGCACCUCCUAAUAUGUUAAUACUGUGCCUUUGAUUGGUCAGCUUUACCAUUAGCUUAAGACUGCUACACUGCCAGUGUUCUAGAUUUGGUGAAAUUAAUACUUUUUUAAAGGGUUCAAAUAAAACAAUUUUCUAAUAUAUAUAAUUAAAAUUUGUAAUAAACCAACUUGUUACUUUUAAAAUUCCAACUAUCUGCCCAAAGUUAUGAUAGUAGGUGAGAGUUAUAAUUUGGGGUAUAUUUGCUAUUAGUUUUGUGCCAUAUGUAAGCAUUAUUUAAACAUUGGCCACAAUUAAUAACAACACAUCAAUAGAUGUCAUACCUUUUAUCCUAAAUGUCAGAAGAAAUUCUAAUAUGAACUAAGCCAGUCACAGUUUGAUGACACCAUCAUCAGGAAGCAAGAUUUCUAAUCUACUUGGAAUUCUUAAGUUUCACUUAAGAAAACAAUGUAAGAAAUGCUGAAUAGUAAUUUGACUUAAAGAGACAAGUUAAGAGACUGUAGAGACGACCAAAUUCUUAUAUUAAGAAGGUAGUGAUUUUGAUUGGGCAUUGGUGGCACAUAACAUUUAAUCCUGGCAUUUGGGAGGCAGAGACAGGCAGAUCUCUGAGUUCAAGACCAGCCUGGUCUGCAGAAGCAAGUUCCAGGGUAACCAAGGCUAAACAGAUGAACACCCUGCUCCCCUAAAAAGAAAAAAAUAGCAAAACAUCUUUAUGUUGGCAUGUGUUCAUUGCAUAGUAUUUGUCUCAUUUAGGGCUUUGUGCCGGUUUUACUGGAGGGAAGAUAGCUGGAACUGUCACAGUAGAGUGGAGUGUGUUGUAUUCCCAACUGUGUGCUCACUAGCCUGUAUGUCAGGAAGCAAUUGCAAGUGCUAGAGGAGGUGAUCAUAUUGGUUCAUGAAUGGAAAAGUCCCUUUAUUUCAGUGUCCAGAGAGCAAGAAAACUUCAUCUAAGAAGUUUAGGACUUCAUUAUACAGGUAUUUUGGUAUGAGCUAGAGAAUAACUUGCUUAUAAUCCCACAGGAAUGCAGAUGAGACCCAAGUAAAGGGGGACUUUGAUGUCUCUGACUGAUGCACAUAAGGGUUCGUUUCACCUGGUUAUAGAAGCACGCUUUCAGAAGCAGUGCUACAAGUCUACGUUUUAAAUUCAGUUCUUUAUUUUGGCUUGCAUAUUUAAAUCAGUUUUUGAAAUUUCCAAGUCUUUCAUAGAGUGAAUGGCCCUGACCUGCCACACACAGGACUCUUAGUCUCUAGUUCAAGCAGCAACACCAGUGGUGAGCAGCUUUCCUUUUCAAGCUUGUCUGACUCUUACCUGUAGAUGGGUCGUUUGUAAGGUAGCACACUGAGUUGGGGCAUUAAUAGAACAUGGUUAUUCUGUCUGUCCUUAGACAAGUUUGUAAGUCCUGUGCCCUGCAGUGUUCAUGAAAUAUUUAUGUAAGUUUCCCUUUAGCUAAAAUUUACAGUAUUUUUCUUAUUCUUUUUCUGCUGUUCCGUAAAGAGUAUGUCCAGAUUUCAUAAUUCCAGGUUUUUUACACUCCAUGUCUUUCAGCAACAACCAUUCCCACUCAGCCUUAAUCUUAAUCUUUCCUUUUUGGAAGCCACUCUUCCCGGGAACCUUUUAAGCAAGCAUUGCUUUGGAAAUUUCUGAUCUUACUAAGUUGUGCAUAGCAUCUAAUGUCAGAACCGACUAGGAAUCACAAUGUAUAUGUCAUGUGGUUUUGGUGACAACAUGAGUGACACAUGAAGAGGGGUAUUCUCAGGUUACCGUGCUGCAAUUCCAAAAGGUCUGAGUUUUAAACAGUGAUUUGUUCUGGUAUUGACACAAUUAUGUUAGGAAAAAAGCUGGUUGACUGUUUUGUUUAAUUGACUUCUAAACUAUGUUUGAAUUGUCUGAGGAGUUUACUGGAUGCUUAGCGCAGUUAAACAUUCUCGUCCUGUGAGAGAAACAUUCUCUUGUAGGAGAGGUGUUGCAGAUUGUGAUUAUAAAAUAAUUUGUAGCAAAAAUAUGUGUUAGCAUUUUCCCUCCCUUUUUGUCUCCUAUUUUCAGGAGACAAACUUAGCCAUAAACUGAAUCCUGGUCUGACACUUCCACAAAUGGUUUCCAGUUAGAGGAGUUUAUUGCCAAAUUAAACUUGGCUCUUUUCCCACUUAGAUAGAAACUAAGAAAGCUGCACAUAAGAAAUGUUUGGACACUUGUAAAACUCAAGUGACUACAUUAAUCUGUAUGUAAACUAGUGAGCAGACACAUCCAUAAGAAUUGAAAUGCCAAUAUUUGGGAAGUAGAGAGUAACUUAUAUCCUAUCAGAUCUAUUGAGUGUUAAUAUGGUAGCACUCUGUAUUUGUUCUGUAGACUGAUAAUACUGGAAUCCAUAAAGUUUGAGCCUUUACAACUUAUGUAAAGAAAUGUUGCAAACAUUUCUGGAUGAGUCUUACUUUGUAUCUCCAGAAGAAUGUAGAUGUCUCCUAGGCCUCCUCGUGCUGAUGGUUCUGAGCUGAAUAUUUCUUGGUAGGCCAUGUGACACUUCAGAUCAGUGAUCCUACUCCUGUAAUGUUAGGACAAUUAUAUUACGCUUAUGAUAGAAACAGUUUCUUGCUUUUCGGAAUAUUAUUACUUGAAUACCACUUGAGAUCAUUAGCAUGCCAGGAAAAGUCCAUUGAUUUUGAUGGUCCAAUGUAAUCUCAUUCAGGAGGCUUGAAACAUUGGUGGUUUAGUCUUGUGAAUUUUAACAGUUCUCUGUCAUUGUUUAAGAAAACCAACAACUGGCACUACUUCUUAAGCUGUGGUUUCAGUCUCUGCUAGUUCAUACCGCAUGUUUAUUUUGGAGUCUUUUGGUAAGCAUGGUGCUUGUACUGGUUUAAAUAAAAUGCUAACAUGAAAGAA